AUGCAGACCCUGCGUGAAAAGAAGACAAGCCUAAUCAAGAUCCUCUCUGCUGACAUAGGCUUUGUCCUCCAGCAUGUGGUGGAGAGAACACUCAUCACUUAUCAUGACUACAGGAAACUCAAUGUCCCAUCUCAUUCUAGUGAGCAGAUUUGUAUCAACUUACUGGACACCCUGAUUAACAGGGGGGAAGAAACAUGUCAGAGGUUCAUCGAGAUGCUCAGUCAGACAGACAUGUUGGACACAUUUCCGGGGCUAAGACAAAUUUUACAAGAUGCUCGAUUUGUGGAUGAACACAGGGCGGAGCUUAUCCAGAGGGUAACCAUGGUGAUGCCCCUGGCAGACUCAUUGCUCUCACUGGGCAUGCUACAUGAGGAGACAUACUCACAGAUCAGUGCAGCAAGGACCAGGCAGGAGAAAAUGAGGGCACUCUUGACUGCACUGCGCUCUGGAGGAGACAGAGUGAAAUCCGCCUUUUACUCUGUUCUGAGAGACGUUGAGCCACACCUGCUCCAAGAAUUAGGUAAGAGAAUAAAGGAACCCCUUCUUAUGUACAAGGAAGUCAUUCGCUUUGAGUAUGCAUAUAUGACAGAGUAUGACUCCCUCCCUGGUGAACAUGUGUUGCUGACUGACCACUAUAGUGAGCUGCUGAUCAUUCAGAGACACAGAGGACAGAGUGAGAGAAAGGAAGACAUCCUCUCCAAAGGAAAAAAAUUGUUCAGUAAAAAGGAAAGUGAGAAGCACAGCAUCAUCGGUUUGGAGGAGUUUUUCAAUCCAGAUGAUCAUGGAGUUGUUCCAAAAGCAGUUAUUUUACAGGGCAGCUCUGGACAUGGCAAAUCUUUAACUGCUCAGAGGAUUAUGCUGGACUGGGCAUCUGGAAAACUCUAUACCGACAAUUUUGAUUUUAUUUUUCACCUGAAGUGUAAAGAAAUUAACCAAAUUUCUUGGGAGAAGAGUCUGGUGGAGCUCCUGAGAUACAGUCAGAGUUUAACACCAGCACAGAUCUCACAGAUACUACAGCACUCACCAGAGAGAGUUCUCUUCCUCAUAGAUGGCUUUAAUGAACUUGAACUCUCACAAGACAGCGUGUUCAACUGGUCUCUGCCCACUGAUGUCCAAACUCCAGCCUCACCUGAGUCCACUCUGAAAGCCCUGCUGAGUGGAUGCCUGCUGCCUGAGUCCUUCCUGCUGGUCACCACCAGGUCUACAGCUACAGACACACUGAGCAAGCUGCUCAAAAAACAACCACAGCGUUUCACUGAGAUUAUGGGCUUCUCUGAGAGGGGUGUGGAGGACUACUUUCAGAGCUUCUUUAAAGAUGAUCAGCUCUUACAGACACAGGCAUAUGAGCAUGUAAAGGCAAAUGAAACCCUCUUCACUGCCUGCUUCAUCCCUGUCAUCUGCUGGAUCAUCUGCACAGUAUUCAGGGAGAGACACAAAGAUAGUAUGGAAAUAACCAAUGUUUUGGAUACAACCACCUCUAUAUAUGUUGACUGUAUGUCCACUCUGCUGAAGUACCACUACCAGGGUUUGAGUCAGUCUGUCCCCGGCCUUCUGAGGAGUCUAGGCCAGUUAGCAAAGAGAGGGAUGCUGGAACAGCAGGCCCUGUUUGAUAAGAAGAGAGUGUCUGAAACUAUCCCGGAUCCUGCUAAUAUUCCAUUCUUGUGUAAAUUUGACUUCAGGAGGAAAAUCCAUCAAGAGACCGUGUUCAGUUUCAUUCACUUCAGUUUUCAGGAGUUUUUCACUGCUCUUUACUAUGCUCUGCUGACUGAUAAUGAAAUGAAGAGGGAAGUCAAGAGGUUGUUUCGUAAUUUAGAGGACAUACGCAAUGACUUCAAUUUGGAUGAUGCUGAUGAGAGGAAAAGUAAACUCCAUCUCCUACCAGUGAUCCGGUUUCUCUUUGGCCUCGUUAACAGUGAAUUGAGUGGCUGCCUGAUGGAAACUUACAAUCUCUCUGUUUCUCCCACCAUUCAAGCUCAGCUCAAAGAAUGGAUCCUUAAAGUCAUCAAGGAAAGACAUGAGCGACUCCAUCUGAGGGGACAUGCAAACCUGUUUGUUCUCUGCUGUCUUUAUGAAUUCCACGAAGAGGAAUUUUUAAGGGUAGCGAUGGAUGGUUGGGAAUACAUUGAUCUCUCUGAUCUUCCACUGAGUAGGAUGGACUACUUGGUGGUACACUACUGCCUGCAGUUUUGUUCCAACAGUACAUAUGUGAAAUUCACUCAUUCUGCUACAACAGCAGAGGAGGUCAAGCCUCUUCAGCCUGAGGUCAACAGUUUUGAGAAGUUUAGGCUGAUGGCUGAGGGACUCUCGCAUGAAGAUAGUGGUGACCUGAGCUUGACCCCAGUGGAUGGAGACAACCUGACCAAACUGCGGGAAAACAGUGUUCUUUCAGACCAGGAUGUGCAGCAAACCCUCAACACUCUCAACAAGCAGGACUCCUGGGCAAGAGUGCUGACCGUGAAGGCCAUCACAAUAGAUACUGCUCUGAUGCUUGUUGACUUUUUUCAGAAGGGAGAGAUCAAUAAGGAAAUAAGAACCAUGGCCAAAAUAACAGAGGAAGCUGUUGUGUCUCUAUCCUCUUCCUCAGUGGGGAAGGUACCCCUGUGGCUAAUCUUGUGUCUAAUCACCCGGGUUUUCACCAAGGAACAAUGCCAGUAUGAGUGCCUGAAGAACAGUUGGGAGCAGGUCCAGAUGAUUGUGGGGGAGCCACAUCAGAAGGGACACCUUCCCUCCCAGCACAUGCAGCAGUCAGAUGGGGUUGACAGCAGGAACUUCUGGUGGUGCCAUGGAGGCAGAUUGACAUAG